AUGCAAUCAGAGAUUCCUUAGAAUUAUAUUGACUAGACACAAACACUCCUUAGAUACAACAAAACUAUUUAUUCUUUUGAAUAAAUUGGAAUAUUCUUUAUCGUCUUACGAUCUAUUAGAAUUGUACAAUCUUUUUAAUAUUGAGAUAUCAAAUGUGAUAAUUACUAAUCUCUUGCCUUUCAAAUUGAUAAUCCUGUACAAACCAUAUAUGUUGAAUUUGUAUUAUUUUUGUGGCGUCGCGCUAUUUGCUUAUCUUAGAUUCGGAACAGAAGGAACUUAAAUACCUUAUGAUUAAAUAGAUUCAACGAAUGGCAAAUAUUAUUAUCUCUUUGGAACUAAUUCUAAUAUUAAAAUUGAAAAUUAAUACUACUUAAAUUCCAAUUAUACUUCCAUCUUAUUGCAUGACUGUGACUUUACACUUUUUUUCCUUUUACUUUUGAUUAUUUUAUGCAUUCCAUAUAAAUUCGCCAGGAAAUGGCCAAAAUUCUUUUGGGAAUUAACUAUUUAUUAUAUAGAAGGAAGCAUUUUUGAAUUAACUUUAGGUAGUGUUGGCUAGAUAACGUAAAAUAUUUAAAAUCAAUCAAAGGAUCCUUUAGAUAUAAUAUUUAGUGUCAUUGGAGGAAUCUUACUAAUAUUUUACUUUUUUAUCAUUAUAAGACCUUUGAUAACAUUAAAAGAUGAAUCAAAGAAAGAAUUCUUAAAUUAUUUUUCAAGAGUUUAAUUGUCUAAAUAAAAUAAAAUUCCAUACCUGAUUCAUUAUUCCCUUUUUAUUUUAAACGAGCUUUUAAUGGGUAUAUCUCCAAUAGCAAUAAAUAAUUUUUUAAUAGCAUUCUAUUUUGAAAUAGGAGUAUAUGGAAUAUUAAUUUUAUUACAGAUUUUUAUGAUUUUUUAAUGUAAAGAUCUUAAGAAUAGAUUAAUAAAUAUUGUUAAUAUACUAUCAUAUUGCAUUCUUAUUUCAUCAUAUGUUUUAAUUUAAUUUGAAAAUUAUGAAUUAGGUUUUAUAAUCUUAAUUUUAUUAUCAGUUUAUUUUAUACUAAAUUUGGUAAUUUCAAUACUUUAAAUCACUGUCUUAAGUUUGAAUGGAAAGAAUAAUGAAAUUAAAAAGGUAAAUUCAUAAAAUGAAUAAAAUGUAAAUUUAUAAACAAAUAUCGAAUUGCAAUCAGUUACUUUAUAAUUAGAUUAAUCAUAAUAAAUAAUUUAAACUGUUUAAUAAUAGUCAAAAUUUAUGUUAACUUCAUAAAUUUCAAAUAUCCAUCAUUCUAAAUAAUAAGCUUCUUAAUUCAACAGUCACAAUACAAGUACUGAUUUUUUAAAGGAGGAUCAUCCAAUAAUUAAUAAUUAAAUUUAAAAAGAUCUUUUUUUAAUAAAGAGAUAGUUGUGUCAUGAAAUUUCAUAGUUUAUUGAUAAAGGAUAAGUAAAAAUAAAUAAAAUUUUAUUAUAAUUUAAAUUCUGUGUAAAAGUCUUAAAUGGUGGACAUGAGAUAGAUUAGAAAAUAUUAAAAAGAAAUAAUAUUGGAAAUAAGAUAAUUGGAGUACAUACAUUUACUUUAGAAUGUACAUAAAAUUGUGAAAUAGAAGAAAUGUAAAUAAAAACAUAUUACAGUGAUCAGUUGUUGUAAAGAGAUAUAAAGUUGGUAAAAAAAUAAAUGUAGAUUGGUCAGAGUAUUGAAGUGAGUCAUUAGCAUUAAUUUGAAUAGAGUGAUACUUGGAAUGAAAAAUUAGCUAUAAAAUUAGUAAUAGAUUCUAAGAUAUAUCGAUUUUCUAUUUGUAAUAACGAAUUAAAAUUAAUAUAAUUGUCUGCUCUUACUUGGAAGAGUAUUUAGAAAUUAAUGGAUAAUGGAAUAUAAAAACAUAUAGUUUUAUUUGAGUAACGAUUAGAGAGAUUUAAUUUUGAAAAAGUGAUUUAGUUUAGCAAACAUUAUUAGUUAUAUCAUCAUAAAAUAACUUCAGCAGAAUCAGAAUAUAGAAAUCAAGAAUUAUUCUCGAAUUUCGGUAAGAUCCAGUUAAUAAUUCCAGGAACUCCAUACAUUCGACUGAUUCUUAGUAUAGAACAAUAAAUCAAUCGAGAAUAUUUAAGUAGUCCUCAAUAUAUAGAAUCUAAUAUUGAUUUAAAAAGGGUUUAAUACAUAAUUGUGAGUAUUUAUGCUAAGAAAUCUUCUCAUUAAUUGGGUUAUGCACAUAAAAGAGUGUGUGAGUAUUAUGGAAAAGAAUUGAUUAAUUAUUUUAACUAAUGA